AUUAAUAGCAAUAUUUCACUAAAUUUUCUUUCUAAGAUUCACAGUUGUGAUCAUAGCAAUGGCUUCGUUUAUCUCUGCUGUCGCAAAAAGGCUAGAGGGGAAGGUUGCCCUGAUUACAGGAGGAGCCAGCGGCCAGACAGUCUGUGAGUCAAUCGACCCAUCAAACUCCAUUUUCCUCCACUGCGAUGUCACCAAUGAAUCACAAAUCCAACACGCUGUGGACAAAGCUGUUGCCAUCUAUGGCAAACUAGACAUCAUGAUCAAUAACGCUGGCAUUUUGGGCGAGAUGAAGCCACACAUAAUUGAUAAGGAAAAAUCCGACUUUGAGCGUGUCCUUAGUGUGAACGUGACCGGGAUCUUCCUUGGCAUCAAACACGCAGCUCGGAUCAUGGUUCCUGCUCGAAGCGGCUGCAUAAUCUCCACUGCCGGCUUGAGCUCAGGCAAUUUGGGAUUAGAGUUAACUGCUUAUCUCCCUAUGGGAUUUAAUCUGGAGGAGCUCAAGAAGAUGUUGGAUUCGAUUGCCAAUCUUAAGGGUGUGACCCUUAAGGCAGAAGAUAUCGCAUAUGCUGCCCUUUUCAUCGGAGUGUCUACCCCGAAGAUCCACCUCGGGGCUUUGCAGGUCAAUUCAGAGUGCAAAUACAGACUGAAGAAGGACUUCUGGUUUGGUGCAGUUACACCUUUAUUUGGCGGGUGAUGAGGCAAGGUACGUCAGUGGGCACAACCUUUUGAUAGAUGGGGGUUACACUAUUGUAGUAUUGUUAAUCCCUCAUUUUCAAAGUUCCAAUAUCGGCCGAUUCUUGAGCCUAUUUCUUGCUGCUGAUCAAGAGUGAACGCGCCUAGUUUAGAUACU